AUGGGUCUCUGGGGCGGAUUCUGCCUUGCAAUCAUCGCCAUAUUCCUACCUCCGCUAUCCGUCGUCAAAAGGACACGCUGCGACCACCAUCUGUUCAUCAACAUCGUCCUCUGCUUGUUCGGCUGGACCCCCGGUAUCCUCCACGCCUGGUACAUCAUCCUUCGUUUCCCAGAUGGCAGACGCGCUGCAGCGAUGAGAGAAGAUAUCAGAAGAGGGCGUGCUCAAGUCGUCCAACAAGGAUAUGGUUUGCCAGCAAUCGGAGCAGGCACCUACUACUUCCCUGCCCAUCAGGAGACUCGGUAUCGUUACUAG